UCGGAGGCGCGCCCGAAGAAACUCAGAAAUUCAAAUAUGCUUCCCGCUUAUCCAAACUCUGAAAGCCAUAAGAAAAGAGAGCAGAUCGAGGGACUCUUCCUUUCUUCUUAACGGAUCACCAAUGGCCUUGCCAGCUUCGUCUUCUGCUCUAUCCGAGCCCUCGACGUCGCUCCCCCACGCCUAUAGCAGAAAGCAAAAGUCCCUUGGCCUCCUUUGCUCCAAUUUCUUGAACCUGUACGAACGAGACGGCGUACGGUCAAUCGGGUUGGACGAUGCUUCUUCGCGAUUAGGGGUUGAGAGGCGAAGGAUUUACGAUAUUGUAAAUGUUUUGGAGAGCAUUGGGACCCAUACAAAGGACACCAGGAAGCCUGCAUUCAGGUGGUUAGGGCGCAGGGGAAAAUCUGAAAAUGUUCCUAUUCCAAAUGAUUCGAGGAAGCGAAUGUUUGGAAGUGAUGUCACGAACAUAUGUUUAAAGAGGGAUAAAGCUGACUCUUUAUUUGAUGGGAAUUUAAAAGGGGAUCUGAAAAUACAAAAGCAGAUGAAAUAUGAAAGUUUGGCAGAUCAGGUUGAUAGAAAGAACUUAGAAAAUGACUCAAAGCAGAGUUCAAAGAGCUACCAAUUUGGUCCUUUUGCUCCCGCCAAUGUGGUCAAGGUUGGUGUCCCUGAAAGUAAGAGAGUAAAGAGGGAUGGAUGAUUGGGAGGGCAUUGCCUCUACUCACCGUCCACGGUAUCAAAACAAAGGUAUCAUUUCUUGCGCUUUUGCAGUUCAGUGAAACACAUCACUUGGGCUCAGUCAUCGUGAUCGAUUCCAUUAGAGGCCCACAAGUGAAGUGGGUCAUCAAUGAUCUAGAUUCACCAUAGGAAACCAAGUAAAAAUGCAGUCUACUCAUUCUCACUAAUUUUCUGCUUUUUUUGCUCUCAUUGAUGUGUGCUUAUAAGCCUUGAUCAAUAUUGCAUCUUUGUGUUUGGGGUCAGAGUCAGGAGCUGAUUAAAAUUACGCUAAUCUAUGGUGAGAGGACGGUGAUCAAGAGGAUGGGGAGUAAAGUUUUUCCAUUAUAAUUUAAUAGGUAAUCAUCGUCAGAUUGGCAUAUCACGCUAACAAGCUUCUCUGAGAUGUCCUUUGCCAUUUCAAUGAUUUUCUUGAGACAAUAAUGUUUCUAUUUGCAGUUGCUGUCAAAUGUACUGAUGCAUAUGUAAGUGUAUUAACAUUGCAGUUUUGAAGGACCUCUUCUCACAUUACCUGGAAGCGUGGAAAUCAUGGUACUCGGAAGUUUCCGGGAAAAGGUCAUUACAAAGUUCCUGAUACUUCCCACCACUGAGCGCUGAAAAAGUACAGCAACAAGACAGCAUUUAUAUCUUUUGUUUAUAGUAUUCUGAUAAGAAGAGAUUCCUCCGUGUUGGAUUCAUCGGCUAUCCUUACGAGUUUCUUAUGUAUAUGCCAUGCAGUCUUUAUAAGAAUUUCCAAAUUUUUUUAUGAA